GGUUUCUCAGCUCAUAACGGCUUUACGUUGAUGAAUGGUCACGGGACUACCACCUACCAUGUGGGUGACUUUCCAGGGAUGCGAACGUCGUCUGGUGAUGCCCUCUACAGACCUCGCCUCAUGAGUCGCAAAACGCCUCAACAGCGCGAACAAAGUAAAAAGGCGAAAAUAAAUCCAUUGCGAAGUGACAAAUAUCGCCUUCUAAGUCGACUCGGUGAUGGCGGAUUUUGCGAGGUCUUCAGGGCCAAGGACUUAAUGAACAAUAGACUGGUCGCGAUCAAACGAGUUGACAGAACCAAGCCCACUUAUCAGAAGUACUCUGCCAAGGAUGUUGAGAGGAAGAUUAAAAAGCUGAUGUACAGAGAAGCGGCCAUUAUGCGGGCACUGGACCAUCCAAACCUCAUAAAACUUUACGAGCUAGUGGAAGAUAGUGAACAGAUUUUCCUCGCAAUGCAACUAGCUGAAGGGGGAGAAUUGUUUGACCGCAUUAUAAAACGUGGUAAAUUCACCGAAAAGGACGCAGCUAACGUCAUGUCUCAGGUUAUUAGAGCGGUGAAGUAUAUGCAUGACCGGGGUUACGUACACCGUGACAUAAAACCGGAAAAUAUACUGUUCGAUUCGGAGGCGGAUGACUCGAAACUCUUAAUAACUGACUUUGGGCUGUCUCGGGAACUCGAACAAAAAAUGCUCACAAACUGCGGGACAGUGGAUUAUUCUGCGCCUGAGUUGUUGAAAAGCAAGUUGACAAAGGCAGGCUACGGCCCAGAGGUUGAUAAUUGGAGCAUUGGUGUGGUCUGUUACAUCCUUCUUUGUGGUUACCCACCAUUCUACUCUAUCAAUCAGGAUGACGCAGAAAUUAAGAAACAAAUAAUGUCUGGAGUGUACCAUUUUCAUCAUCCGCACUGGGAUAAUAUAUCCAAAUCAGCGAAAUCAUUUGUUGCGGGCCUCCUGAAAGUCGAUCCAGCGGAACGAAUGACUCUAGCAGUGGCGUUAGACCAUCCAUGGAUUAAACUUGAAUGUCCGUCUAACGUUGAUCUCUAUCCAAUGAUACAGGAAAAAAUGAAGGACACUAUUGCCAAGCAGAGAUGGCGCUGCUUAGGUUUGGCAGCCGGUGCCGUCUAUCUCAUGAGUAUGCAGAGCCCAUCAUUGGUUAUUAGGCGGCCUUCGAUCCUAAAUCCCGAAGUGUGA